UUGUGAUAAUUCCCCGAAGUUAAAGCCGCGCUCAUCACGAUGAAUGGUUACCUCGAUGGCGUGUCACCGCACCCGCACCCGCUCACGAAUCUGAGCCUCAAACUGUCGCCCGGAGGCGGCGGCGCGACCGGAGGAUCGAGCGACAUCGGCGGCGGCAUUCAGCCGACCCCGGAUGAGGCGUCCUCUCAACAGCACCAUCAUCACUUCCACCCCCAGACGUAUUCGUCGCAUCAUCCUCACGCAGCAUCCCACGUGACCCCGCACAUGGGCCAUCACAUGUCCCACCAUCCGAGCUACACGCGGGAAUUCCUUCUGCGACGGGAGCACGAUUUCCCGACGGCGAGUCCCACCACUCCCGAGAGCGGCCUAGGUCUGUUCCCGCAGCUGCACCAUGACGGCACGGCCGCGACGAUGCAGCAGUUCCCGCACCAUCCCGGCCAGCAUCCUCUGGCGGCCGGCCACUACGCCGCGCAUUAUCCCCAGGACUCCAGGCUACCGCCUCCCCAAUACCUCAGCGCGUCUCACCUGCCGCCCUCGUCGAUUCACCACCAGCAGCACCCGGUCGUGGGCCACCCGCCUCAUCAUGCGAGCUUCAUCAGAUACAUGAGGAACAACUGCACCAGCGGCGGCGGCGGCGGCGGCGGCCCGAUCAGCGCCGUCGCCGUCGGCCAGCGUCACGACAUGUCAUGCAUGUGGAUGGAUCAAGAUGGCCCGGGCAAGAAUAUCUGCGGCAAGACUUUCAACACACUCCACGACAUCGUGGCGCACCUCACGGUGGACCAUGUGGGCGGACCCGAGUGCACGACGCACGCGUGUUACUGGCAGGGCUGCUCGCGUAACGGUAGGGCCUUCAAGGCCAAGUACAAGCUCGUCAAUCACAUAAGGGUACACACCGGCGAGAAACCCUUCCCUUGUCCAUACAAUGGAUGCGGCAAAGUCUUCGCCAGGUCGGAGAAUCUCAAGAUACACAAGAGAACGCACACCGGCGAGAAACCCUUCAAAUGCGAGUACAAUGGCUGCGACAGGCGAUUCGCCAACAGCAGCGAUCGUAAGAAGCACAGCCACGUUCACACGUCGGACAAGCCUUACAAUUGUCGAGUAAACGGCUGUGACAAGUCCUACACUCAUCCCAGCUCACUGCGCAAGCACAUGAAGAUACACGGCGUAUCGAUGAACGAGGGCAAAGUUGGCGGUGGAUACGAUAGCGACGGCGACGAGAGCACUAGCAGCGGUGGUAGCGUGUCCGUGACCGGCCAUACGGAAUCGCCUCAACCACCACCGGUUGUCCCGGUAGCGCCGACGACGACGACGCCGACCAACGUACCACCCACGAGUCACCUUUCCGCCCGUAGCGCGGAAUUGGGCAACUGGUAUGUCUGUCAACCGCCGACGACGGCGUCUCAACACAGUCCUCUACCUGGACCGCCGCCACCACACCACCUCAGCCAUUUUACGCAAAUCUUACAUCAUCAAGCGACCGCCUAUUAAUCGGGCUGCAUGAUUUGGCUCCCGGGUUGGUGCCGCGUUCUUCGCAUAAGAUUUCUUAUUAAUCGGACUAUUGCAGGUAGAGGACAAGUCCGAGUUUUACAAGAGUCUCUUCCCGUGUCGGGCAACGUGAAACGAAUCGCUUCCGUGAAAUGGAAUAUGAUUUGGCAAACGGGAAUUUGGAUGACGAUCGAUUAAUUCAUCAAAAUUCUCUUUUCGGAGAGAUGUUUCAAAAGUACGACCGUGUAUAACGCGCCUGUAAUGAAACUCGCGCUCGGGGAGAAAGAGAGAGAAAGAGAGGAGAAGAAGAAAAGUAUUAAAAACGGUAUGUUUCACAAUAUUCAAGGUAAUGAGGUGUUUCCUUAUGUUACAGAUGUAUAAAAAAUAUAUGUUGAAUGAACGUUUAGUCGUGAAAUUAUUUAUCAAUCGGUUUAUCGCACCCAUGUAGCGAAAUUAUUUCAAAACGGUAGGAAACAGAGUUUUACGUAUCUGAUUAAGAGCGAAGAAAAGAAUAAAAAUUGCAGUUGAUCGAGAAGAAUACAAAAAAAGGCAUAUCUCAGAACUGUCGCGUGUUCAAUAGCGCAGUGCGGAGCUUAAUUAGAGUGGAAAAUAUAUGCGCGCAUUGACAUCAGCGAAAAAUAUUAUAGAAAUCCACCACCAUACAUUUUUCCAAUAAUCACUCACCGAACUGUCCGGAACUCAGGGCCGGUCACGUUGCACCGCGAGCAAGAUCUGAAGCAGAAAGCAAAACAAUAAUCUUAGUUAAUUCUUCGUGCAUCCGCUGGGAUUACACCGCGCGCCAUGUGGUGAGAGAUUCGAUAAAUCCUAAACGGGAAAAAAGAUUUCUUUCCCUUGAGAAAGUCACUUGAAAUAUUAACAGUUAAGAAAAGCAGCGUGUAGGGAGCGAACCUACCUUCAAACCGACCCUGCUCGGCCCGAACCGGAUCCUCCGGUGCCGCCACUUCGUCCACCCGGAGCUUCAUUGCCGCGAGCUGCGUGAGACCGCGAGCAAUGUGCCGAAAAUCUGGAACAGUAAACAAUUUUCUCGGUUAAAAAUUUAAGGACAGAGACGUUAUUCGCGAUAACGAAAGUUUCUACGAAUAUUUCCUUACAUUUCCACUAAUCUAUAUAUUUUUUCAUUGAGGAGAAAUUGCUCUCAAAUGAAGAAAUAUGUAUAUAUAUUAUAUUAAGAAAUAUGUAAAUAUAUAUAUAUAUAUAUAUAUAUAUAUAUAUAUAUAUAUAUAUAUAUAUUUCUUAAAAUCGUUGCUUUUCGCGAAAGCACUUAUUUAUCGUAUUUAAGAAGACUUAAAUAGAUAUAUCAGUAUCUACGCCGCGAAUGAAUAUUUUCUUUUCCUUUUCCUUUUUAGGUACUUUUCUCGCAGAGUAUCCUCUCUAAAGUUUCAGAAUACUGCCAUUACUCUCGGUACUUCCAGCACAAUGAUCGCGCGCGCGCACGCGUAAAAUACUCUGAAGCAACAUUUGUCACGCACUCUAUCUCCACGACUAAUUGAAGGUAAUAAUUAAUGAGAAAACGACACGCGACGCGCAGACCGACUCGUCCGACACUCAGUCGAAGGACUGUUAUGAUCGCUAUUGUGCGUCGCGUACGUCAACAAAAACGAACAACACGCGUAGGUCUUUUACUUUUGCUUUCUCUUUCUAUACAGGAUAUCCAAAAACUGCAACUGCGACACUUUGAUAUAUCGCUCUCUCUUCAACUGCGUUUCCAGCUCUUGUCCAGCUCAGAACAUAACCUAGAAAUUUAUCGCAAUAAUUUCUCAUCGAUUGCUCCUUGUGAUCUGCACGAAGUACGUGUGUAUUGGAUAGGAUAAAUAAUAAACUAUAAAAUAACACGUUGGAAUAAAUUGAAUUAGCCAUUGUACUAUUCUGAAACCUAAAAGACUGAGAAUUUUAAACGUACACCCUCGCUCUAUAUACCAUCACAAAAUUAUGAUUAUUUUUAAGAACGGGUUACAUCUUCUUUCUGAGAAAUGUAACUGAACGACCUGAAGAGAUUACUUUUGUGUUGUAUAGAGGGUAUAACUGAAACAGGUAAUCGAAGAUUAGGGGUGCAUUCUAGUCAUCUUGAGAAUGAGAAAAUCUUUCUUGACGAUUCUUUUACCGAUAUUUUAACUGUUUUUUUUUUUAUUCAAAAGUGAGGUCUUCCCGUCUUUCAAACGAGUAGAAUGCGUUUCUAAGGUUUGAUCACGUAGAUUUCAGUUGUGCCUUGUAUAAAUAUGUAAAAGAUUUUUUAGAUUUUAAUAAAUUAUAUGCUCUCUGUUGUGUUACUCCGAGAUUUUACAUUUAACAUUAUAUUAUUUAUGACGUUUGAACGCGUCCUCUCCAGCAACAGCAAUAUGCCCGAUAUAUACAUUCUUUAUGUAUGCUUAUUUCCUGCAAAUAAAUUCCGUUUCAGGAAUACGCGAUUUCAAUGAAAACUUUUAAUGUAACUUUCCCAAUCUCACGUACGACAUACGCACGCACUUAACGCUGAAAUCACUCGUGGUUUUCGGAUUACGAUACUACUGAAUGUUACACAACCUUUUCAAAUCAAUGGAUAUCGUAUCACAUUCGAAAUGUGAUAAGCCGGCGCGACUAAUUUGGUCAUUUCUUUCGUGUCACGAGAGAUAUCUUUCUCAAAAGAAGUGGCGAGAGUUCACCGCUUUAUAUGACACAUACACAACAUUCUAUCACGCAAUCUAAUCCACAUCCCAGGAUUAAUUGAUUAAAUCUAUCGACCCCAGAAAGAGACAACGCAACCAGCGCAUUCGAUCACACGAUCGAAACGUGACACACGAUAAUGUAAAUGGAAUGCAGAUUUGCGAAAAUAUACAAGUCACGCUCGUGCCUCAAUUUAUUAAUCAGCAACUGUUAAUGCGAAUCAUAAUCCCGUCUCUUCGUUUGUAAAUCAGCAAUUUCCCACAAGCGUUCAACGUACACCUACUACUAGAGUCCAAUGGUAGAGCACCAUCUGUAGUAUUAGCGGGACGAAAGUCUCUCUGCGGAAAAUUAAAUUACGUAUACGUAAACGUGUAAACGUAAAGUGAGAAGAGUCCUUUGUCCGUGAAUUUAUUUUGGUGAAUACGAGAGAUACACGUAUUUUGAGAGGGGAGACUCGAUGAAAUUGUACAUACAGUCAAAACGUAGCCGGAGCGCGGAGAUUACGACAUACGUAGGUGUUCCAUGUAAGAUAUUAACAAUUUUUGUUAUGUGUGAUAUCUUGUAAAUACAGAAGUCUAGAGAUCGGUACGUAUAAAUAGCGCUAAAUAAGGGAGCGUAUGUAACAUUCUUGUAAUAAUUAUUAUUUUUAUUGUGUAUACGCUUACGAUAGAAACGAAGGAAGAGAAAAAUAGAGAGAUUUCUCUCGUCACGAACACGAUUGUAUGAUAUUGUAUCUGUUUCGCAAAAAAAAAAACCAGAAAUAUAUUGACAAGAUGGUAUAUUCGAA